GGGACGGGACCGGGACCGGGUGGCGGAGCCCCUGAGGUGGAUCCCGGCAGCCGGGGGGAAGAAGAGACCGUAGGACCGCCCCCCCCUCCCCUUCCCGCUCCCGGGAUUGCUCCGGAGCUGCUCGCGGGAUGCGCCAGGAAUACUUGGGGGGUGCCAGGAGGAUACGUGGGGUGUGUGGCAGUGGGUGCUCGGGAGUGCGCUGGAGGGUGCUCCAGGGAGAUGCUUUAAAAGUGCUCAGGGAUGCUCCGCAGUGUGCUCCAGGGGUGCUCAGAGGAUACCUGGGUGCACUCUGAAGGGUGCUCAGGGUCCCUCGAGGAGCUGCCUGCGGGCAGCAGCAGCCCUGAACCACCCGGGACAGGAAUGUUUCCAAUGCACCCCUGGGUGUGGGAUGGAGGCGCAGAUCAGGGCUGGGCAGAGGGGAGAGGGCAGGAAGCCCUGGGACCCUGUUGGGACCCCUGGAGAGAGGGCAGGAAGGCUCUGAGCCCUGGUGGGGACCCCAGAUGUUACUGCAUGAGUGCUGGAAAGGGCCCCCAGGCCCCGGGCAACGCAGCGGAAGUCACCAGGAUCCCAGAGCAGCCGGAGUUACAUUUAGCCUCAAAGCGGUACCAUAAACCGCCCCCCAGCCGUGAAGAUGUGGUUCAGACAAGCGCCAGCCCAGCCUCCACGGCUGAAGCGCGGUCGCUGGCGUUUCGUCGCCGGCUUUCCAGUCAUCCCGACACAGAAACUGGCGCCGUAACGUUUCUGUCUCCUGCGAGGGUGAAGAGACUCAUCUGCCCUAGCUCGUCAGAAGAUGCUUAAGUGACAGCCCGAAUAGACCACACCAUGGAGAAGACCGAUGCAGACAGACAGCCACCCAAACCCGAUGGGGAGAAGGAGCAGCCCCGCAGCCUCCCUUACUCCGUGGAGACGCCGUACGGCUUUCACUUGGACCUGGACUUCCUGAAGUACGUGGAUGACAUCGAGAAAGGGAACACCAUCAAAAGGGUUCACAUCCACCGCAAAGCCAAGCAGCCGAAAUUCAGCACCCUGCCCCGAAACUUCAGCCUGCCCGAGAACAGCUCCCGGGGGUGCACAUCCGCUCCCAGCAAGAGCUGGACGGCCACCUCCUUCCCACAGCGAAAGGCAUCGCUGGGGGCAGAGGAGACCUUGCAUCCCCUCCUGCCCAGCGAGGGGCCCCUGCCUGCGGCCGAUGAGCCGAGUUACCGGAGGAAAGCCCUUCUGGCAGAGACGCGGCGGCAAGCGGAGCUGGGGAGGCAGGAGGGCGAGCAUCGGCCGCAGCUCCUGCGAGCCUCCAGCAUGCCCACUGCACUGCUGUCCAGCCAGCCAGGGGACCCCAGGGUGCCCUCGCCCCUCCGGCCACCUCCCCAGCAGAGCGGCUCUGAAAGCGCGUUUCACACCACGCCACGCUCGCCCGGCUCUGACAGCACCGUGUUAAAUGUCCCCCUGGGAAUGAGCUUGGAGCGGGAUGUCUCCUUGGGGCAUCCCGGUGGAGGCAGCCCGGGGCUGGUGCAGGUGCAGCCCCCGUGGCAGCAUCCUGCAGCAUCACCGCAGCUGCAGGUGGUGAUGGAGAGUGGAGGUGAGGAGGGUGAUGCUGCUGAUGCCAGUGGUCGCUCUGCCUUGGCCAGGGGUGAACCAGCAUCACCCGCUGCCCCCGAGCUCACAGAGGAGAACACGAACCCUGGGGAAGGGGAGUUAAGUGUGAGUGAAAUCACUCUGAACGUGCUGAAGAAAGCUGAGGAGGGAAGUGUUUUGGCUGGAGAGAGCAAGGAGAGCCAUGGUCCUCAGCCUUGUGAUGCUGGAGAUGCCGAUGGGGUUGCUGCGCUGAAGCAGCAGAUUGCUGCUCUGGAGGAGCAGCUGUACAAGAAGAAAGAAGAGCUUGAGCAGGUCAGGGCAGUGCUGGAGCAGCAGGAUCAUGAGAUCAAGGAGAAGGAGAAGAGCAUUCAGUUACUGGCCAGGUCUAAAGCUCAGCUGGAGGAGAAGCUGAGCCGGGAAAACACCGCAGAGGCCAAGCCACCAUCCAGGCGGAGCGGUGAGGCUUUGCAGUGCUCCGAUGCUGCGGUGAACACCGACCUCUCGCAGGUAACAUGGGCCAAGCAGGCCCAUGAUAAAGGCAUCAAUGUAAAUAUCCCGGUCUCCACCAAAUCCAUAGGAUGCAGCAUCCACAGAGCAGACAACAUGAACGUGCAGGCGAUGGAGCUGGGUGCUUGGGGAGAUCAGGGACUGGCAGAUGCUCACACCAGUGUCAGUGGAGAGGGACACUGUGGUGAAGCCAACGUCGAGGCUGGACUUCAUGCACCGUGCUUCACCCCGCUGAAGAUUGACGAGCACCUUGGUGAUGACAAUCAAAAUCACAGGAAUAACUACGAUACCCAGAGUCUCGCUGCUCACGCAGUGGGUGCAGAAGGCUAUCGAGGAACAAGAAUGGGCUCAAAGGCAGGUGAAAACAAGGCAGGCUUUGGAGAAGAUAAACCUCGGGAUGGGCUGGAAGACGAAGAUUCCCCGGACCACGAGGAUCUCCCUGCUGUUGACCCCAUCGGCCAAUAUGUAAAAAAGAUCCAGGAGCUUUUGCAGGAGCAGUGGCUGUGUUUGGAGCACGGCUACCCUGAGCUGGCAAGUGCUAUUAAGCAGCCGGCUUCCAAGCUCAGCUCCAUCCAGAACCAAUUGGUUAAUUCCUUAAACUCGUUGCUGUCUGCCUACUCUACGCGAGGGCCUGCGGAUAAGGAGAAUUCGAACACACACUAUCAACAGUUGGAAAUGUCUCCAACCACAAGUCUUAAAUCCAUCAUGAAAAAGAAAGGUUAUGGUUUCCAUGCGGGAGGCAAUGGGACCAAAAAGAAUCUUCAGUUUGUUGGGGUAAAUGGUGGCUAUGAAACGACUUCAAGCGAAGACACGAGUUGUGAAGACAGCCCAUCGGAAUGCGACGUGGAGAGUGAGACGGAGAGAAGAGCUGAUGACUUGGAGCCCACGCAGGAGAAAGCUGGAGAUGAAACCAAGGGGGCUUCAUCCAGGACCUCCUCGCAGGAGAGGUGUGAGGACGAUGACUUGCAGGAGCCAUCAGCAGAAGCAGCACCUUGCACUGAGCACAAGGCUGACAGAUGCAAACCCUCUGAAGAUUUCCUUGCUGACUGCCAGCUACUCAGCAAGCAUCUCUCCGAAAUCGGGACCACAAGUGACAAGCAUCUGCUGCACAUCCUGAGCUCCAUCAGCCAGGAGUGGUUCCGGGUGUCGAGCCGCAAGUCCUCCAGCCCCGAGGUGGUCGCAGCGUAUCUCAAGGCACUGGGAGCCAUCGAGCCGCAGCUCCUGGAGAUGCUGGUGAACCUGGCCGACAGGAACGGCAACACGGCUCUUCACUACAGCGUUUCCCACUCCAACUUCCCUAUCGCAAAGCUCCUGCUGGACACAGGCGUGUGCCGCCUGGACCUACAGAACCGCGCCGGCUACACCGCAGUGAUGCUCACCCCACUGGCGGCUGCUGAGACAGGCGAGGACAUGGAGGUGGUGAUGAAGCUGCUGAAAGAGGGAGAUGUCAACCUGAGAGCUGCCCAGGGGGGCCAGACCGCCCUGAUGCUGGGGGUGAGCCAUGAGCGGGAUGACAUGGUGCGAGCCCUCCUGUCCUGCCAGGCUGAUGUCAACCUGCAGGACGAGGAGGGGACAACAGCCCUGAUGGUGGCCUGUCAGCAGGGCAACACCGACAUCGUCAGGCUCCUCUUGGCCCAGCCUGGCUGCCAGGUCGCACUGACAGACAAGGGCGGUAACUCAGCGCUGUCGCUGGCCCAGCGUGCUGCCCAUGGGGACAUCGCUGCCCUCCUGCGUGCCCACAGCGAGCAGAGCCCGUCCCUCUCUGCAUGACCCAGUGGGGAGAAGAAAAUGGGAUGGGGAAUUCAGAUCAAACAGCUCCUUCUUGUCACAGCCCCGCUGCUCACUGCGGCGGCCAGGGCCAAUACAGCAGGUACAGGGUGAUGAACCCUGUCAGUUAUCUGCAUACGUUCCCCGUGUCUAAUUCUCCUCAUUAAGCCAGCUUACACCCCCUAAUCUAUGCACAUUGCCACAAAUGACUCCACGCUCUCCCAUUCGCUCCUCCCUGUAUAUAUUUGGCAGGUGAGCGACCUAAAGGAAGGAGAAAAGCACAUUAGAAAAGCAAUACUUAGUCUUUUGUAACCUUAGAUUACGGUUGUCCCUUUAAUCGACUACUUAACUGUAUCUCAUUUAACUUGUAAGUUUGUGUCCUAAUAUUUAUUAUUAGCUCUUCUGUACGCAGUGGCAGGCAGUGAUUAUUCAGUAUAUGUAACAACAAACACAAGCUGGAUGGAUUAUGUAAAGUAUAAAAUCCUAUUUAUGUUUGCUCAUGUGGGUCUGAUGUAAGAAUUAAAAAUUAAUGCUCUAGGAAAAUAUUUGAGUAGACCAGACCCAAACACACAGACAUUGUUUUGCCUGUGUUUGGAAUUACCAUAUGGCUCUUAUUUUUCCUAAUUAAGUUUGAGCUAAGAGGGAAGCGCAGCCCAUUGACAUGCACUGUGCAUCGGCACAUGCAAUGCUCUGGCACAGCGGCGUGGAUCAGGGUGUCCUGGGCACGGCACUAGAUCACAACAGAUUCCUGUCCCAGGAUGUGUUAAUGUUGCCCAAGAGUUUUGUGGAGUGACUUUGCUGGCAGAUGCCUUUUGGGCAAGUAUUUGGUCUCUGCUUUCCCUUGUGCUCAACUUUCAGACACCCAAACCACUCCUAUGUAAAGCCAUGCUGUGAUUUAGCUGCUGGAGUUGGCUGAUGCCAGGGCCUCCUCCACCACGGUGUCAGUCCAGCAUCACCUCAAAUCAUACAUAGAGCAGGGGUUUUCUUUCCUAAAUCCCUCUGCUGCUGACAAAAGGAGGGAUCAGACCCACUUUCCCAAACAUAUUUAUACUGUCAUUAAGUCGCUGUGUACCAGGAAAUGCCAUUUUAUGAGGCUGUGCUGCAUCAGGACCCAGUGGAUGCUCUCCACAGGCUGUGGCAGACCUGGAUGCCAUCACCAGCACACCAUCAUAAACCCAGCUCUACCUGCCAUCUCUAAAAGCACAUCUCCCUUGUUAGCUAAUUGCUAGUUUUUGUUACUAAGCAGAAGUUAAUCCUGGACUACUUUGGUUGCUUGUAAGUCAGCUCACAUCAUGAUGGAGUCUCUCAAGCCACCUUUUCCCCUUCCCUUGUUUUGUAAAGCCAUUGCGAGAGCCCCUGUCCUCACACUGGUAACACUGCCUUGCAGGGAGGAGAGGACAGCCCCUGCCCUCUUUUUUCCAUGGAAAUCUGCCAUCUCCUCUAUUUUCGUUUCUUUCUUCAUGUUUUCAGUCAGAAGCAUUCACUAUCUCAACACUCUAUCUGCCCUUUUUUUGUUUAACUCUAUCCCAAAAUGCAGUUACCUCCUUUAUGUAUAAAUAAACUCAAGUUAAACCUUUA